UGGAACUUGGGACAUGCCUUUCCUGCGUGUGAUUUAUUUAGAACGCACGUUCCCCUUCUCUUCGAAGUCCCAAGCUUCUGUGCCUCCGACUGGACUGCCCUUUCGUCUUGUGUCACUUAGUUAUUGACUGAUCUGCUACGCGAACCCAUUCGUGCUUGUCGUUGGACGUGAAAUAUCUGGAUUAUCAUUCCGAAACCCGAGUAGCCUUUCCAGUAAUACCGACUCAUCUCUCAGGAAUGCAGCAAAUCGACCCCCCUCAAGCCGAUAUCGAGGCAGACGAUGGAAUUUCAACCGGAGACCUUUACGAAGACUCCUCGGUGGCUUCACUGAGAUCAAGUAUUCUGGAGCAUGAGCUCGAAAACGGCCGCACAUAUCACUCCAUGAGCUCCGGAAAAUACCAAUACCCGAAUGAUGAGAAAGAGAAUGAUCGUUUAGACUUUCAACAUCACAUCUGGAAACUCACCUUAGGCGGUGCACUCGCAACUGCCCCUGCUCAUAAGACUGCGAAGCGUGUCUUAGACAUGGGAACAGGUACUGGUAUCUGGGCUUGUGAAUACGCGGACGAGUUCCCAUCUACCAAGGUCAUUGGCGUUGACCUUAGCCCCAUCCAACCAGAAUGGACACCUCCAAACUGUGUAUUUGAGAUUGACGAUCUUGAGAAGGAGUGGACCUGGGCUGAGCCGUUCGAUUACAUCCACUGUCGUACAAUGGAGGGCUCAUUCGCAGAUCCACCAAGGAUCAUCAGGAAGAUUUACAAAGCCCUCACGCCCGGCGGGUGGUUCGAGGCCGGAGGCUUCGUGCUUCCCAUGGGCUGUGACGACGGCACCGUCCCCAAGGACUCGGCUCUCGCCCGCUGGCACGAUCUUCUCGCCGAAGCCGGCGAACGGUGCGGCCGCUCCAUUGAGAGCCCUUCCAAGUACACAAGCGCCAUCGAAGAGGCUGGCUUCGUCGACAUCGUGAACAAGCAUUACGUUUGGCCUCUCAACUCAUGGCCCAAGGACGAGAACCUUAAAGAGAUCGGCCAGUGGCAAUUCGUUAACCUUGACUUGGGCAUCGAAGCACUUUCGAUGGGUCUGCUGACGCGAGUGAUGGACUGGACGAAGGAGGAAGUCUACGCGUUUUGCGCCGAGCUCCGCAAUGACCUGAAGAAGAAGGAGUACCACGCCUACUGGAGGGUUCACGUUGUUUACGCCCGCAAGCCACUGACUGAAGAAACUCCCGAGGAAGCUCCUGAAGAGUGAUGGGGGUUAUGACUGCUAGGCCUCGAGUUUCAAUACUAAGAGACAAGACAACAGGCCAUACUAGCUGUAGUACUUCGAAA